AUGAGGUCGCUCCGCCGCUGCCGCGCGGUUAUCUUCGACCUCGACGACACGCUUGUCCCGACCUCGAAGAUCGACCGCGCCGCCAUCCUGCACGCGGCGGCGCUCGCGAGCGGCGACGAGCUGCCGGCGGUCGUGGCCGCCCGCUUUUCCGAGUUGCUCAAGGCAGAGCCGUUCCCGCCGGAGCCUUCUGGGCUGGACGUGCCUGCCUGGCGCACCGGCCUCUGGGAGCGCGCCUUGAGUGGCAGCAGCAGCGACGGGCGCGCCGGCGCCUCGCCGGCGGCAAGGCAGGCGUACGAGGCCUGGUCGUCUGAGCGGCUGAGCAGCUUUCGCUUUGCGGACGACGUGGACGCGAUGGUGCGACGACUUCAGUCCGCCGGCUACAAGACGGGCGUGCUGACCAACGGCCACGCAGACGUGCAGCGGGCAAAGACGGCUGCUUGCGGUGCGGGCAGCCUCUUUGGAGAGGAGCGGGUCAUCAUCGCCGGCGCCGGAGACGCGUCCACGGCCACGGUCGCACGCGCUCGCCCUCUGAUGGGCGGGUGUGGUCCGUUAGGCGAGCACGCAGAGCAGAAGCCGCACGCCUCGAUCUUCCGCGUCGCGAGCGCCACCCUCAUGGUGGGAGACUCGUACGCCGCCGAUGUGGCCGGCGGCAUCAACGCCAGCUUGCUUGCCACAGUCUGGGUGCGGCCGCCUCUGGAGCCGCCGGAGACCGGCGCGCAGGGGUCGCUGAUGCACGGCCACCUCUCCGCCGUGCCGGCCGGCCAGCCGAGCCCGACUUUCACGGUGGAGAGCGUGCUGGAGGUGGAGGCUUGCCUGGAGAAGAUUGGCUGA